CAUACGUCACCAGGAUCUAGCUGACAUUCGCCAUAUUUGUUGUUGUUUUGUAGAAGGCACCACGAAAACUAUUUUGACAUAACUCUGCAUCAGCAAACAUUUGAAGAUGUCGUCUCCAAGUCCAGGGAAACGUCGCAUGGAUACAGACGUCGUGAAACUAAUAGAAAGCAAGCAUGAAGUGACCAUUCUAGGGGGGCUGAAUGAGUUCAUUGUGAAGUUUUACGGACCGGCAGGAACUCCAUAUGAGGGUGGUGUAUGGAAGGUGAGGGUAGAUCUCCCAGAGAAGUACCCCUUUAAGUCUCCAUCCAUUGGCUUCAUGAACAGAAUCUUCCAUCCUAACAUUGACGAGGUCUCGGGAACAGUGUGUUUAGAUGUGAUAAAUCAGGCCUGGACAGCUUUAUACGAUCUCUCCAACAUAUUUGAAUCGUUCUUACCCCAGUUGCUAAGCUACCCAAACCCAAUAGACCCCCUGAACGGGGAUGCAGCCGCUAUGUACCUUCAUAAGCCAGAGGACUACAAGAAGAAAGUCACAGAGUACGUGAAAAAGUAUGCGACGGAAGAGGCCAUUCGUGAACAGGAGCAUCACGAUUCCUCCAGCGAGAGUUCCAUGAGUGAUUUCUCAGACGAUGAGGUGCAGAAUAUGGAGCUAUAACAUCGGCACAUCAUACCCACGCUGGAAAUAAUUGGCACUUGUACCCUUGCUCGUGUUCUCCUUGAAUACACGGUCUUCAUUAUUUUCCCAUUUUUGCCUAAAGUUGAGCCUUAUUCUGGGAAAAUUAGGCUUAAUGAAAGUACUGUCAGCGCAGGCUAAUGAAAGUACUGUCGGCACAGGCUAAUGAAAGUACUGUCGGCACAGGCUAAUUGGGGAUGACAUUUUUACUCUUAAACUGGAAUUUCAUUUAGGAAAGACAUCCUUUAAACAAAAAAUUGCAUAAAAUAAAAAAGUGUCGUCCCUGAUUAGCCUGUGCAAACUGCACAGGCUAUUCUGGGAUAGCACUUUACGCUUAUACAUUAAGCCCAGUUUUGCCAAAACGAGGCUCAGUGGAUAACAGUACACAUUAAAUGUAGCGGGUUGAAUCUGAAUUGAUUUUAGUAUUUUAUAAUAUCUCAAAAAAUCUGUGUUGUAGUUGAU